AUGAACAACUUCCAGGUCAUCGUGUCACAGUUUUUCGAGUGGGAAACAUCAGUAGUGGCACGAUGGCCUCUUCCAUUUUUAGUCCUGCCGCCUUUACUUACAGUUUUCUUAGUUGUGGCAGCUGCAUCCGACUUCAAACUGAACACAACAAAUGAAACUUUGCAAGUUUUUCUUCCUGAUAACAUGGAAAGCAUUUCAGACUUCAAAAAAUUAAUCUCACUUUUUCCUCCUCGAGACGCCCAACGAGAUACUUACUCAGUAUUUGGAUCAAAGUUUGCUUCGAUUCUGUUUGAGGAUAAUGGUGGAAAUGCUGUUUCUCCACAAGCUAUAGAAGAACUUGCAAAACUGCAUAGGUCUAUCGUUAAACUGAAGGUAGGUAGAGUAAAAGAGAAAAAUUGUUGUAGAAGCCCAGUAUCGCAUUGA